UAGUCCCAGUCUUUGUGAAAAUUUCUCUAAACUGACGUAGCAUUCUCUUUUGUUUUCCUUCGAACAGAGAACAUAGUAUAGUCACAAAAAUGGUUCAAUCUGCAUCAGCUACGUCUGUAGGAGGGGGAAGUAAAUCACCAUCAAAAGGUCUUGCUAAGACCUCAAGUGGAGGUGGACAAGCUAGGCAAAGGAAAGGGGCAUCUAGUGCCGUCACAAGAAGAACAGCCCCUGCUGGUGGUGGUGGAAUGUGGAAAUUUUACACCGAAGACUCACCUGGAUUAAAAGUUGGUCCUGUACCAGUCCUCGUCCUGAGUCUUCUCUUUAUUGCCUCUGUGUUUCUCCUUCACAUUUGGGGAAAAUACAAUCGAAGUUGAAUGGAAUGCCUGCCAAAAAAGAAUGCUUACAAACAGCAAGUCCAUGAACAAGAAUAUGAACUUUGAAAUACACAUGUGAACUUUACGCAUAGUCACUUAAGAAUAUUGUCAU